UUUGCUUCCAAUAUGUGGAAGACAUUUCUACCAGUGCUGUUGUUGAUCGCACACUAUCCCUUUAGUACAGCUCUGUUCACUGUGGAAAUGGCUAAAACCUUUUAUCUCGCCGAGUUUGGAAAAACUGUCAAAAUGGAGUGCAUAUUCCCGACAAGAGGCAGUCUGGACAGUAUAGAUGUGUAUUGGCACCACAUACUGUCUAACGGCUCGGAGUAUGAAGUGUAUACACUGGUAAAUGGGAACGAGGACCUGCAAUCACAGCACCCUGAGUAUAAAGGGAGAGCCCAUAUGAAGCCAGAUCUGCUCAGGAAGGGGCGGGCAGUGCUCCAGGUCUCCAAUGUUAAGAUUUCUGACUCUGGCUCAUACAGGUGCCUCAUCAAAAUGGGAGGGGCUGACUACAAACAUGCCACCCUUAGUGUUAAAGCUUCCUAUAGAAAUAUAAAGACCAAGGUAAUAAAUAAGCUAUCUGCAUCAGGGAGAUACACUGAGUUGAGGUGCCAGGCUGAAGGCUUUCCCUUGGCUGAAGUUCAGUGGAGAGAUGAGAAAGGCCAUCCUCUUAGUGCUGCAAACACCACCCAUGGAGUAUCUGCUGAUGGAAUCUACAUUGUAACCAGUGUAAUUAAGCUAAACACAAGCUAUAAUGAGAACUACACUUGCAAUUUCCGGAAUGACACAGUGAAUGAAAACUCUUCAGCAAUCCUUUAUGUUUCAGGUACUGUUUUUUACUAA